AUGUCAAACUCAUACAUCCCACAUGCCGGCCAAGCGAGGGACGGCUGGUCGACUGCGGACCGGGCCACUGCUACCUGCUAUUGUGGAAAGAUACAGCUCUCUUUUCCGAUAAAUAAAGGCAAAGGGCUUGUCAACACAUUCGUCUGUAACUGUGUAGACUGUCGCAAGAUCACAGCGUCCAUGUUCGCCAGUAACUUCAUCGUUGAAGACUCAUUUCUUGAGCACGUACGUGGGAAGGAUUUGCUCAAGACAUACAAACAGAUUGAGACGAUCGGCUCAGGCCAAGCGAUGACCAACUAUUUCUGUAGUAACUGCGGCACACUCUUGUAUCGGGUUGGUGAUCGGUUUCCUGGAACCAGCAUCUUGCGCAUUGGCACUGUCGACGACUUUUCGCUGCACGAAACAAAACUCAAGCCGGUUGAGGAACAUUUUACUAAGGACCGGGUCUCGUGGUUUUCGGGUGUCAUGGGCGUGGAGAAAACGUUUCCUGGUCAGGGUUGA